AUGGCAGCAGAGCUCCUCCAGGCCAGCGGGGGCAUGACUGAGCAGACAGAACAGCAGAUGAGUCAAGUGAGGCAGGCGUCAGAGAUGCAGAUGUUCUCCUCCACCUCCUCGUACUCCACCACCAGCUUUUCCAUGAGCUCCAAGCUUCCCGAAGUCUCCCUGGAUGAGCACUCGGUGGUGCACCGCAAAACCUCAGCUGUGGUGGAGUCCUCCAGCCAGGUGCAGAAAUCCCUCCAGAUCCCAAAGGGAGAAUCUGCACCAGAUUUUGAGGAGAAGCCACGCACUGUCACUGCCCAAGAGGGUGACAAGGCAGUGCUCAGGGCUAAAGUCACAGCGAACCCGACACCAGCUAUUUCCUGGGAGAGGACCAGCGGACGCCCUCUGUCCGAGGAGACCAAGACCUUCUAUGAUGACAUCAACAAACAACAUGUACUUAAGAUCAAAAGUCUGAACCUUGAUGACGCCGAUGUCUACAAGUGUAUUGCCUCCAAUGAGCAUGGAGAGGCCACCUGCUCCAUUUCUCUCAUCGUUACAGAAAAUCCCGCAUUGGACUUCAUAAAGAUGCUGAAGAAGCGGAGUGUGGAGAAGAAAGAGGAGAAGAGGCCCCCUACAGAGGAGGAGAUGCUAAAGAUCUUGUCUGCAGCUGACAAGAAGGACUACGAGAGGAUCUGUGCUGAACACGGCUUCACUGACUUCAGAGGAAUCCUCCGGAAGCUUAAGGAGAUGAAGAAAAAAGUGGAGGUGGAGAUGGUGCGUGUGCUGAAACCCCUAGAGGACAUCACUGCCAAGGCAGACACCAAUGUUGUCUUUGAUACCAUCCUUGAACUGAAGGAUCCAAACACCAAGAUGCACUGGUUCCUGGGCACAGAGUUGUUACGCAUCCAGUACGCUCAUGGGAAAUAUGAAGUGAAGCAGAUGGGAACCAAGCACAUGCUGUGUGUCUCUAAUGUGAGCCUCAGUGACAUGGGCACCUACACUCUGCAGGUCGGAGACAAGAGCCUGUCAGCCAGGCUCACCGUCAUAGAUGAACCUCUGAAGUUCCUGUCUGACGUCAAACCCAUGAAAGUGACAGAGCGCCAGACAGCCGUCUUUGAAGUCCGUCUCUCUAAAAAGACCGAUGCACCUCUGAUCUGGAAGUUUAAGGGGAAGGAAGUCAAAAGAGAUGAAAAAUUUGAGGUGUCGCAAUCUGGGGACGGCCUGACCUACACAUUAAAGAUCAAGGAUGUGAAAUCCAGUGAUAGUGGAGACUACACCAUCAGCAUCGGAGACCUCACUGCCACUGCACCGCUUUUUAUAGAAAGGAUUCCCAUCAAGUUUUUUAGCCAUCUGAGGAAUGCACAUGUAAAGGAGAAGAGUACAGCCCACCUUGAUUGUGAGAUGACCUCCAAAGACGUGCGUGUACGCUGGUUAAAGGACGGUCGUGACAUCACAGGGACUCCCCGCUACAUUUUCAUGCAGGAGGGGAAAAGGGCGGAGGUUAUCAUAGAGGACUGUGAUCUUGCAGAUGGGGGAGAGUACGCCAUAGUGUGUACCCAAGACAAUGAUGACCAUAAGUACGUCAGUUCUGCCAAUCUGACUGUGUAUGAGCGUUUUGCGACUGUGAAGAAUGGACUGUCGGAUGCUCAGUGCCCGACAGGCUCUCCUGCAGAGCUGUGUGUCGUCCUUAAUGAUGAGAAGGUCGAUGGCGUGUGGCUUAAAGAUGGAGUUGAGAUUUCACAAAUGAAUGCGGUGCACGUGGUCAAACAGGGGGCAGUCCACAAGCUGGUCUUCCCUGGGGUGACUGAUGCCCACCAGGGCAAGUACACCUUCAGAGCUAAAGGGGCUGAGAGUGAGGCGUCACUCAACAUUGCAGAUCCUCCUGAGAUGGACUCCACAGUGCUAGAGAUGCUGAGUGCCCAGCCUGUGACAGUCCAGGCGGGCCAAACUGCUACCAUCAAGAUCCCCUUCAAAGGCAAACCCAUUCCCAAGGUGACCUGGUACAAGGAUGGCCUGGAGGUGAUGGAGGAUGAGAGGACCAAGGUGGAGCGGACAGCUGACUCCACGACACUAGUGAUCAGCAGUUGUGCAAGAGAGGACAGCGGUGCAGUUAUGCUCCGCCUGAAGAGUGCCUGUGGCACCGCUGUGGCCAGCCUACACCUCAGUGUCCUUGACCACCCCAAGCCUCCUCAAGGCAAGGUUGAAUUCCUGGAGCACUCAAGGAAGUGUAUUAAGAUGAAGUGGAAGGCUCCCCGGGACAACGGGGGGAAACAGGUGACCAGCUUUGUUAUUGAACGGCGUGUGGCAGGUAAGGUGGCAUGGAUCAAGGUGGAGGAGGUGGACAGCAGAACCACAGCCUUCAAUGAUGACAAGGUGGAGGAAGGCCAGGCUUACCAGUAUCGCAUCAGGGCCGUCAAUUCCCAAGGAGCGAGCGACCCCCUGGAGACAGAGGAGGUGUCCGCCGGGGAGCCCAUAGAGCCUCCAGGGGUGUCACCCCAGCCCCAGGUCUCUGACAUCACCAAAGACACCAUGACAGUGAGCUGGACCUCCCCAGCCCAGGAUGGAGGAGCCCCCAUCCUGGGCUACAUCCUGGAGAGGAGGAAGAAGGGCAGUAACAUAUGGGUCCAGGUCAACAAGGAGCUGCUCACAGAUACUACGCGUGUGGUGGAUGGGCUUCUGGAAGAUGUGGAGUAUGAGUUCAGAGUGUCCAGUGUAAACCGAGCUGGAGCAGGAAGCCCCAGUGCCGUUUCUAACACCGUCCUAGCCAAAGACCCCAUACGAGCCCCUGGCCUGGUUAGGAACUUGCGUGUGUCUGACUCCUCAAACACCUCCAUCUCUUUGAGCUGGGGACACCCGGAGCAGGGAGACGAGCCCUCGGGCUACAUCCUGGAGGUCUGCUCUGAAGAUGCAAAGGAGUGGACCAAGGCCACCAAGAUCCCCAUCGCCAGUGCUGCCCACACCGUGGUGGGACUUCAGGAGCGCAUGAAGUACUUCUUCCGUAUCCGAGCUGUCAACGAGGGAGGGGUCGGGGAGCCCACCGAGCUUGAAAAGGGCGAGUUUGCAAUGCCCCCGCCUGUGGCCCCCAGGUUUGACCUGCAGGGGAAGCUGAAGAGCCAGAUGAUGGUCCGUGCCGGGACAGCCUUCUGCCUUCACUUCAGCUUCUUCGGCUCUCCAUCCCCAGUGGUAACCUGGCUCAAAGAUGGCAUCCCCACCAAUGGCAAGGAGGUGAUCACCAAAAGCAAGAAUCACUCGCAAUUCCUCAUCUCCUCCUCCCAGCGAUCGGACUCCGGUGUGUACCGCGCCCACCUGAAGAAUGACUACGGAGAGGCCCACUAUGAUGUCAAUGUAAGGGUCACAGACUUCCCCCGGCCUCCGACCAACCUUGGCCUGCUGGAGGAGGUUCCUGGAACAGUGACAUUGCAGUGGGAUCAUACGCCUGACCUGGCAGAGGAUGAGGGAGCCCAUUAUGUCAUCCUCAAACGAGACACCAGUACCGCUUCCUGGUUCACUGCCGCGGAGCGUGUCUUCAGCCGCAGGUACACCGUUACUGGAUUGCUUCCUGGGAGGAAGUACUACUUCCGGGUCAUCGCACAGAAUUCCAUUGGCGAUAGUGACCCGCUGGACUCAAAGGAGCCCUUUAUCAUUGCCAAAGAGAAAGAGUACGUCAGCAGCCUUGUUCUGAAGGAGUACAGUCCACCACCACGCCAGGUGAAACCCUCUUUUCUCCUGCCUCUGAAGGACCAUGCCGUUCGUAGAGGACAUGACUGCACCAUGAGCUGUGCCUAUCAGGGCAUGCCGACUCCACAGGCCUGCUGGUAUAAGGGAGAGGAGAAGAUCUCAGAGUCCCCUCGGUUUUGGCACAGCACAGCUAAUGGAGUGUGCACCCUCGUCAUCCCCACCUGUGCAGCUAAAGACAGUGGCGAGUACACACUGGUGCUGGAGAACCCACUGGGCAUGGCCAAGUGCUCCUGCAACCUGCUGGUCUUUGAUAAGGAUGACAUGAGCCUCCUGGACAGUUUCACCGAUCCUGCAAAAAAAGAGAAGCUCAUCUUGUAGGCUACCUGUGCGAGGGCUGACUUCUGCUGUUGCAAAAUUUACAAAAAAGAAAAAAAGAAAGUUUUAUUUACCAAAGAUGCGUUCUGAGUAAGCUACUGCCAUUUCCACAAGU